AUGGAGGAGUGGCGGCAGUGCGGCCGCUGGCUGAUCGACGCCAAGGUGCUGCCGGCCAGCCACCGCGUGGUGUGGCCCUCGGCCGUGGUCUUCGAGCUGGCGCAGGCGCUGCGCGACGGGGUGCUGCUGUGCCAGCUGCUGCACAACCUGGCGCCGGGCUCCGUGGACCUCAAGGACAUCAACUUCAGGCCCCAGAUGUCGCAGUUUCUCUGCCUGAAGAAUAUUCGGACUUUCCUCAAAGUGUGUCACGACAAAUUUGGCUUCAGGAAUAGUGAGCUGUUUGAUCCAUUUGACCUCUUCGAUGUGCGAGAUUUUGGGAAGGUCAUAUCAGCCGUCUCCAGACUCUCUCAUCACAGCAUUGCGCAAAACAAAGGAAUCCGGCCAUUCCCUUCAGAGGAGACCACAGAGAAUGAUGAUGACGUCUAUCGGAGCUUGGAAGAACUGGCUGAUGAGCAUGACCUGGGGGAAGACAUCUACGACUGUGUCCCAUGUGAAGAUGAAGGCGAUGAUAUCUACGAAGAUAUCAUUAAAGUGGAGGUCCAGCAGCCCAUGAAAAUGGGCAUGACAGAAGAUGACAAAAGGAAUUGCUGUUUGCUAGAAAUUCAGGAAACAGAGGCCAAGUACUACAAGACGCUUGAAGACAUAGAAAAGAAUUAUAUGAAUCCAUUAAAGCUGGUACUCACUCCGCAAGACAUGGAGGCGAUAUUUAUCAAUUUGGAGGACCUCAUUAAAGUCCAUUUCAGCUUCCUGAGAAGCAUCGAUGUUUCCAUGAUGUCUGGCGGGAGCACCUUGGCCAAAGUGUUUCUAGAAUUCAAAGAAAGGCUUUUGAUCUAUGGCGAGUACUGCAGUCACAUGGAAUAUGCGCAGACCACGCUGAAUCAACUCAUGGCCAACCGUGAAGAUGUUCGUCAGAAAGUCGAGGAAUGCACCUUGAAAGUUCAGGAUGGGAAGUUCAAGCUGCAGGACCUGUUGGUGGUGCCGAUGCAGCGGGUCUUGAAGUACCACCUCCUCUUGAAAGAGCUGCUCAGCCAUUCCUCCGACCGGCCAGAAAAGCAGCAGCUCAAGGAGGCCUUGGAAGCCAUGCAGGACUUGGCCAUGUACAUAAAUGAAGUCAAACGAGACAAAGAAACACUGAAGAAAAUAAGUGAAUUUCAGAGUUCCAUAGAGAACUUGCCAGUGAAACUGGAAGAAUAUGGAAGGCCAAAGAUUGACGGGGAGCUGAAAGUACGGUCGAUAGUGAACCACACGAAGCAGGACAGGUAUUUAUUUUUGUUUGAUAAAGUGGUGAUUGUUUGCAAGAGGAAAGGCUACAGCUACGAGCAGAAGGACAUAAUUGAGUUGCUCUCAUAUAAGAUGACAGACGACCCCACGAACAACAAGGACAUAAAGAAGUGGUCAUACGGCUUCUACCUAACUCACCUUCAAGGCAAGCAGGGCUUCCAGUUUUUCUGCAAGACGGAAGAGAUGAAGAGGAAGUGGAUGGAGCAGUUUCAGAUGGCCAUGUCCAACAUUAAGCCCGAGAAGGCCACAGCAAACAACCACCACUUCCAGAUGUUCACAUUUGAGAAGACAACCAACUGCAAAGCCUGCAAGAUGUUCUUAAGAGGGACAUUCUACCAGGGCUACCAGUGCGUGAAGUGCAAAGUCGGUGCUCACAAAGAAUGCUUGGAGGUUAUCCCACCUUGCAAAAUCAGUUCUCCAGCAGACCAGCUGCUGAUUUCCUGCUUUGUUCUAGGUCCCAAAAUGGUGGCAGUUCAGAAUUACCACGGCAACCCAGCUCCUCCAGGGAAACCAGUGCUAACAUUUCAGAUGGGAGAAGUGAUAGAGCUGCUGCGGGGGGACCCGGAGUCCCAGUGGUGGGAGGGGAGAUUGAUCCUAUCAAAGAAGUCCGGUUAUUUUCCCAGCACAUCAGUGAAACCCUGCCCAGUGGAUGCAAGGCCUCCCAACAGCCGCCCUCCGUCGCGAGAGAUGGACUACUCAGCAUACCCUUGGUUUGCAGGCAACAUGGAGAGGCAGCAGACGGACAACUUAUUGAAGCUGCACGUCAGUGGGACGUACUUGAUCCGGGAGAGGCCAGCAGAGGCUGAACGCUUUGCCAUCAGCAUUAAGUUCAAUGAUGAAGUGAAGCAUAUUAAGGUGGUUGAGAAGGACAACUGGAUCCACAUCACAGAAGCAAAGAAAUUUGAAAGCCUCUUGGAACUUGUGGAGUACUAUCAAGCCCAUUCACUGAAGGAGAGCUUCAAACAGCUGGACACGACACUGAAGUAUCCAUACAAGUCUCGGGAACGCUCCACCUCCAGGACCUUAACUCGCUCACCGGUGUUCACGCCGCGAGCCAUAGGGACGGCCAUCGCAAGGUACAACUUUGCCGCCCGGGACAUGCGGGAGCUCUCAUUGCGAGAAGGAGACGUUGUGAAGAUCUACAGCCGCAUCGGUGGGGACCAGGGCUGGUGGAAAGGAGAGACCAGUGGAAGGAUCGGCUGGUUUCCUUCGACCUAUGUGGAGGAGGAGGGCAUACAAUGACACCUGGACCUUUGGACACUGUCGACCCAGGAAGAGACUCUGC